AUAGGACCUACACGGAUGAGCAUUAUCAACUUUCUACUAUACUGUAAUAGAAAGGUGAUAUUUCAUAAAUCCAUUGAUGCAACUACAGACUAUCAUGAUGCACUCUACAUAUUUCGUUUGAUGGAUAGUGUAGUUCACGAGAUAGGUGCAGAACAUAUAGUACAGGUGAUUACAGAUAAUGGUGCCAACUUUAAAAGGGCUGGAGAGAUAUUGGAGCAAAGGUAUCAAACAUUAUUUUGGACACCAUGCGCAGCACACUGUAUCGAUUUGAUGAUGGCAGAUAUCGGUAAGCUCGAUAUAGUGAAGAAGGUAGUGAAAAAAGGUCAAUCUUUAACAAAAUUCAUCUAUAAUCAUCAUUGGGUUCAUGGAUUAAUGAGGAAAUUUAUUAAUGGGGAGAUUCUGCGACCAGGAGCGACUAGAUUUGCCACUCACUUUCUACUGUUAAAAUCGUUGAAUCAGAAAAAAGUCGGAUUAAAGGCCAUGUUCUCUUCUGAUGAUUGGGAAGCCUCUCGAUAUUCUAACACGACUGAAGGUAAGGAGGUGCAAAAAAUUAUUAUGUCUGUCAGAUUUUGGGACUAUAUUGCAGAUAUUCUUAUAGCAGUAGAACCAUUGUACGUUGUUCUACGUAAAGUUGAUAUGGACAAGAAGCCACAAAUGGGCAACGUUUACUGCCUAAUUCAUGAAGCAAAAGAGGAAAUUAAGAGGCGUCUACAAUUACCGACCAAGUAUCAACAUUACAUUGAUAUAAUCACUAAAAGAUGGGAUGAUCAAAUGGGAAAACCUAUUCAUUUGGCCGGCUAUUAUCUCAAUCCGGCAUAUCAAUAUCGUUAUAAUCUUGGCACAAAUGAUGAUUUAUUAGUGGCCCUCAGACAUGUAAUAUCAAGACUGCAUACAAACACAGAAUCAAUUGCUGAGACUAUUAAUGAAAGUCGAUUAUUUCGAGAGGCAUAUGGUUCUUUUAGUGAUCCUAUUGCAGUUUCAUGCAGAUAUAAAAUGGAUGCAGCUGAGUGGUGGUUACAAUAUGGAGGAUCAGCUCCAAAUUUGAAAAAGAUUGCAGUACGAAUUCUCUCACAGACAACGUCUUCAAGCGGUUGUGAAAGAAAUUGGUCAACUUUCUCCCUCAUUCAUACAAAAGUACGAAAUCGUCUUUCUUAUCGUCGCUUGGAGAAGAUGGUCUACGUUCAUUAUAAUAUGCGUCUUCAACUAAGAGCAAUAACAGAAGAGAAUGAAGAACAGGAGUCUGGUGAUGUAGACCCAUUUGAUAUUGGAUUUGUCCAGACUGAGAAUGAUCCAAUGAUGGAUUGGUGGAGCGCUGUUGAGGCUGAGAAUCCAUUACUUGAUGAAGCAGGAGACCCACCACGACCAUCUCAAUUUCUUACUCAACAGAUUGAAAAAAUACAAGCUAGAGGAGAUAUCUGCGAGGAAGAAGAUGAUGAAGCUUUUGAUCAAGAAUUUCGAUUUUCUGGAUCUCGGUCUAGGCGUUCUCAAACAUCACAAACCCAACCAAAGUCCAUAGAUAAAGGCAAAGGCAAAGCUCUUGCAAUUUUUACUAAAAAGAAAGAAAAAGGCAAACCUCCUACUUUUAUGGGAAGUGGUCCAUUUAGAAUUAAAGACAAUCCACUCGAUGCAAUUGAUGAGCAAGAACAUGAUGACAGUGAUGAAACAUCAUCACCUUCUGAUACUGUAGUCCGACGAGAAGUUCGAAAUGAGGAUAGUGAUGUUGAUAGCAGUGCGAGUACUCAUGGAAGUGAUGACAGUGGUGAUGCAUCUAGUGGUAAAAAUUAUGUCCCCCCUACUCUAGCACUAGAGCCAUGGACAUGUGAGAUAGAUUACACACAUGCAACUCAAGAUGAUGAUCAUGGAGCUAGAGGUAGCUAUUCAAUAUCAACGUCGAUAUAAGGGUGACAAACAAAAGAAAGCUCAUAAUUAUCAAGAUAUGCGGGAGAGUUUAGCUGAGAUU